AUGGGGGUUGUUACCUCAACGUUGCAACAGCUGUUGCAGUUCCCAACAGAGCACGGAAUUAAGAAGGUCAGAAGGGAUCAGGUGCAGGCGAAGAAUCGCUCCAUGGAAGCAAUGAAAUCCACCUGCAACAUACGAGAAGCAGAAACAGUAGAGAUCGAGGAUAAGGACAUGGAAGUCCUGGAUGACGUCGGCAAAGAGCCAAAAGUUCAUUUAGAAGGUAACCCAAAUCUCUGUUUCAGUUUGGCAUGUAAGAAAAUUCAUGGUCAUAUAAAAAGAUUAAUCUUGGUUUUUAUUAUAAUCAUCAUCGCUGCAAUCUUAGCACUAUCUUUAGCAAUUAGCUUGAUUUUCUACCUAAGGAAAAGACAAGCAAAGAUCAAAACCUCGUCUGAAUCCUUUAAGAGACCGCAUCAAAUGGUCUCUUACGACGAUCUUCGUCUUGCAACUGGAAAUUUCAACCAAGAAAAUCUGCUUGGAAAGGGGAGUUUUGGGUCUGUGUACAAAGGAAAUCUCAGGGAAGGAAGUCCCAUCGCAGUUAAGGUGCUUGAUGUGGAGAGGACUGGAUCAUGGAAGAGUUUUUUGGCAGAGUGCGCAGCUCUGAGGAGUGUUAGGCAUCGGAAUCUUGUGAAACUCAUAACAUCGUGCUCAAGCAUAGACUUCAAAAACAUGGAAUUUCUUGCUCUUGUGUAUGAAUUCAUGAGUAAUGGGAGCUUGGAAGAUUGGAUAAGGGGAAAGAGGAGACACACGAAUGGAGACGGGUUGAAUAUCGUGGAGAGAUUGAAUGUGGCCAUUGAUGUUGCUUGUGUUGUAAACUAUUUGCACCAUGAGAACGGAGCUCAAGUGGUGCACUGCGAUUUGAAGCCUAGCAACAUACUGUUGGAUGAAGACAUGACUGCCAAGGUAGGAGAUUUCGGUCUGGCCAAGUUGUUGAUCAGCAGAACUCGUGACCAAAGUUCUAUCAGCUCUACGCGUGGCGUGAAGGGCUCUGUAGGCUACAUUCCUCCAGAGUAUGGGCUAGGAGAGAAACCAUCAACAGCCGGAGAUGUUUAUAGCUAUGGAAUUACAUUGCUGGAGCUUUUUACAGGGAAGACACCAACCGAUGAGAUCUUCACAGGAGGGUCAAGCCUGAAGGAAUGGGUGAAAAUGGCCUUCCCUGCCAGCAUAGAGCAAGUACUGGAUCAAGAUUUGCUGCCAAAUAAGGGUAGUCUUUGUCAUGAGGGUAAAUCCAUUUCUCCAGAAGCGCAGCACGAUUGCUUGAUCGCGCUGCUUGGUGUUGGGCUUUCUUGCACUGUCGAUUCUCCGAAUGGGCGCAUUAGCAUGAGUGAUGCUCUGUGCAAGCUGAAAAGCAGCAGAGACAUGCUUCUCAAAUUUGAUCUUUUCAUAUCAAUUUACAUCAAACUUUUAUAUAUCUGUUGUAUAUAUAUGAAUUUAUCUGGUGGUUUUCUAUGUAAAUAG